AUGGGGAAUUCAUGCUGUGUAAAGCAGUAAAAUGAAAAAGAAUUACACUAAGAAAUUAAAAGCAAUUACAUUCGAUCCUUAACUAGUAUAGAUUCUAAGGUGUUCUUUUCAAAACCUUCAUAAGUAGUUAAAUAUGAAAGUCAUGUUUUACUAAAUAUAAAUGAGGAACCUGUAGAAGAAUUAAAAGAAGAUUUCUAAGAUUAGAAAUUAUCUCCUUUAACCAAAAAUUUAAAUAAAAAAUUCCUAAAUAUGUUAGAAUGA